AUGGAGGAGGAGACCGAGCCCGUGAUCUACUCGCAGAGCAAGCAUCGCUAUACUCGCGACAACGGCGACGAUGUUCUGUGCGAAAUCACCGUACAGGACCACGACAAUCCAAAGUUCACCUGUUGCACUACCAUCGACUGCGUCUACGACCUUGCCAAGAGAUCUGAAACCCUCUAUGUCAAGUCCGGCGCGCUGCGAGCGACAUUGGUCGAGAUGACUGCCGGCGGCGACAAGCGAGGACAGCUUGGCUGGCAGCAAGACUUGCCAAGGUACAUCAAGCUCUUGUACGACACGGAUGGCCAGCCAAAAACGUCUCUAUCUCAAGCGGCACAGGUCGCAUUAAGUAAUGACGAGUUGUUGUUCAUCGAGCAUUUCAGGCUCAACUUGGAGUACCACGGCACUGGACUCGCCCAAGACAACAUGCGCGCAUUCCAACAGGCAGUUUCAAAGAUACCCGAUAGCGAAAGAAGCCACUGGGCAUACCGCGGGCCAGUCUUGCUCUCGCCUGCGCCGAUCACUGAGGCUACCGAGGAGAUCGAGAGGGAUAGCAAGCGAACUAAGGGCCCCAAGGUUUUCGUGCCCAAGCUGAUCAAGAGCUAUGGAAAGACCGGCCACGAGGUAAUCUACGAGGGACACCGCAAGCUCGCAGAUUACAUCACCAUCAGGCUCGAGCAAAUCGGUGCACAGCCUGGAGAGGAUGUCGAGAGCGGAGGAGAUACGCCAACCACCAAGAUGCCGAGCGAUAUGCCACGUACGCCCGCUGCGCAGACCGAUGAGCAAGAGCCUGAGGAGCAAGAUGACGAGAACUACGAAGAAAGCAUUGCGCAAAGCAUGCGAAGUAGUUCUCUCGCGCCAUCCACGGUCAGGUACUCAGACAUCUCGCCGGUGUUCCAUGGCCGGAAGGUUGAUCCCACUAAGAACACGUUGGUUGACCUGAGCGACUCUGAUGUUGAUAACGGAGAUUUGAUGGACACCAGCGAUGCCGGCGAGACUGAGCAAGAGGGAGAAGAGGAUCUCGGCGACGCAGACACUCCGAGAGCUACUACUGAACCAGGAAGACAGAGCAUUCCAGCAGUCGGCUUAGAUGAUGAGACCGUGCAAGGUUAUGACGAGGCACAGCAAGCUCGCCCGAGCCGUCGACGUCAACUCAAUAACAACAGCGGUGUACCGAGCAACACUGUCCACAAGAAGAAGCGGCGACUUAGCAGUCCAGCUCCUUCCGAAGAUGACCCAGAUCAUGGAGAGACAGCCAGUGGACCUCAGCGAAGCAACGUCUCUAAGAAACACACUCGCCUCGCCUCUACUAGAUCUUAG